CCUGUGCCCGCCCCGCGCCGGCCCUGUCGCCUGUCGCUUGCUGUGCGGGCCCGCGGGCUCGGCCGGCCGCUCCGGGCGGGAGGCAACGCCAAGGGGCCGAGCCGGGGUCACAGUGUGUGCUUGCUGCAGACAUGCUUUCAGAGCAGGCUGUAGGCCUGGGCACAGGAUGGGAGCCAAUGAAUGCACAGCUGGAUGCGGCAGAACCCCAGUCAGAAAGAGGAACCCGGGAAGUGGGCCCGUGGAGAACAGCACCAAGGCCGCUGGAGCACCUUCACUGUGGUCUUGAAGACGAGCCACUGUCCCUUCAGGAGAAGGCAACUUCUGCUCCCUGGGUUCCGGCCGUUCCCCAGGAGGGGAACACUGGAGACUGGGAAAUGGCAGCCGCACUUCUUGCAGCCGGAUCCCAGGGCCUAGUAACUAUCAAGGAUGUGUCCUUGUGCUUCUCUCAGGAGGAGUGGCGGAGCCUGGACCCCUCGCAGACAGACUUUUAUGGAGAAUAUGUCAUGCAGGAAAACUGUGGGAUCGUCGUCUCUCUGAGGUUUCCCAUCCCCAAAUUGGAUAUGCUUUCUCAGCAAGAGGGAGGAGAAGACCAAUGGGCCCCUGGCCCCCAGGAUGUAGAAGGAAGGGACAUCCUGAAGGUCACAUAUACAGGAGACGGAGGUGAACCCCAGGGUGAUACUCCCGAGCUAGAGGUGGAACCUCCCAGAACAUUAUCCAGUGUGUCUGGGGAUACUGCUCUCUGGAACCCGGGGCAGGGUCCAAGCUGGGAGUCCUCGCCCAGGAACUCCACAGGAAUGCUCCUAAGCCCACGUUUCCUUCAGGAGGACACCUUCUCUCACCAUCUACAUAGAACAGACACAGGCUCUCUCUUAAAACCACAUACGUGCCCUCAAUGUGGGAAACAGUUUGUGUGGGGCUCCCACCUUGCCCGACAUCAGCAAACCCACACUGGAGAGAGGCCCUACAGUUGCCUCAAGUGUGAGAAAAGCUUUGGGCGAAGGCACCACCUGAUCAGGCACCAGAAAACCCAUCUGCAUGACAAGCCAAGUAGGUGCUCUGAGUGUGGCAAGAGUUUCCGAUGCAGCUCGCACCUGGCCAGCCACCAGAGAGUGCACACAGACAGCAAGUCCUGCAAGGGCCAAGACUUUGGAGAGAGUCUUGGGGCUCAGCGCGUGCCUCCAGUGCCAAAGUGCCAUGUGUGCACUGAAUGUGGGAAGAGCUUUGGCCGGAGGCACCACCUGGUGAGACACUGGCUGACCCACACGGGGGAGAAGCCCUUCCAUUGCCCUCGCUGUGAGAAGAGCUUUGGCCGCAAGCACCACCUAGACAGGCACCUGCUGACCCACCAGGGACAGAGUCCUGGGAGCAGCUGGGACAGAAGGACAUCUGCCUUUUGAAACCUGUCUCUUCUGUAGCCAUGGUCAUAUCUGUCAGCCGGUGCUACCAGCAGCCACUGCCAGAGCUGCCCCUCUCCUGUACCCUGAGGGCCGGAGUAUUUCUCACCAUUUCUGUGAGACAACGUGGGAAAAGAGUUCUCUGGGCAAAAUUGUGGGAAAUGGUGCAAAGUUUGUAUGUGUGAGGCUAUUUGUGCUGAACCUACUCUCAAGAGAACCAGCAGUGAUAGUUGAUGUCCAUUCUCAUUGGUUGGAGUCCAUGUGGUACCAGUUCCUAAGAAUUUACUCUACACAGAGAGAAAGUGAAAGCGGCUGAUAGUAUAUCAAGGGCUCUGAGAAUCCCCACAGCCAAUAUCUAUUCAUGUAAUGUUUCCUAAAUUUGUUUGACUCCAAGAUCUACUUCAAAUACCACAGAAUGGGUGACUCCAUGAAGUACUGGGCUAAGAUGAAAGGAAGAAACAGGAAAGAGAUGGUGAUCAGGCAUUUGAGCCUGAGAGCAAGGGGCCAGACACUCUCAUGUGGGUCUGCCUCCUCUCUUCCUCUUCUCUCUCCUACUGUGAUCACAUGCAUUUUACUCCUCCCUCUGAAAAGUAUAGAGUGAGCUUUCACUCCCAGUUCAUAGUCCCUCAUCCUGUAUACACACACACACACACACAUACACGUUCAACAUGCACAUA